GGGCCGACGCCAUCUUCGACUGGGCUGUUGUGUUUUGUCAGCUGUAGCGGUUACUCAGCGGAGCAGGAAACAUGGGCAGGAAGAAGAAAAAGCAGAUGAAGCCUUGGUGCUGGUACUGCAACAGAGACUUUGACGAUGAAAAGAUUCUCAUUCAGCAUCAGAAGGCCAAACAUUUUAAGUGUCACAUCUGUCAUAAAAAGCUGUAUACUGGUCCUGGGCUGGCGAUCCACUGUAUGCAGGUACACAAAGAGACCAUCGACGGAGUUCCUAAUGCAAUACCUGGAAGAACAGACAUUGAACUGGAAAUCUAUGGCAUGGAGGGUAUUCCAGAGAAAGAUAUGGAAGAGAGAAGAAGAGUACUUGAACAAAAAACACAAGAAUCUCAGAAGAAGAAGCAGAAUCAGGACGACUCAGACGAGUAUGAUGAGGAUGAAGAGCCUGGUCCCUCCUUUCAGCAGCCUGCUGCCCAACCCCAGGCAGGCUACAUGCCCCCUAUGACCCAGCCUGGCAUGCCUCCAGGCUCCAGUGCCCCAGGAAUGCCUCCGGGCAGCUACUCAGGAAUGCCUCCAAUGAUGCCGGGCGUACCACCAAUGAUGCCAGGGAUGCCCCCUGUAAUCCCAGGAAUGCCACCAGGCAUGAUGCCAAUGGGUGGAAUGAUGCCUCCCGGUCCAGGAAUGCCCCCAAUGAUGCCCGGCAUGCCACCAGGCAUACCUCCUCCCGUGGGUCACCGUCCAGGCAUGGCACACAUGGCUCAGGCUCCCCCCGCUGCAGGACCAAAUAUGCUGACCAGACCUGCCAUGCCUGCAGCCACUGCCCCCUCAGCCCAGCCUGCUGUCACCAAGCCUCUUUUCCCCAGUGCUGGACAGAUGGGGAGUCGGGUUGCAAGCACAAGUACAAGUACAGGCUCGUCGAGUGCAGACUCUCAGUCCGCCUCCUCUAAAGCUCUGUUUCCUAGCACUUCACAAAGCCAGCAGACAGUAUCAGGGUCCCCCCACCCAACCCCCUCUACCUCCUCUGACCCCUCAAAGCCCACAUUCCCAGCCUACACCCAGGCCACUGCUUCAGUGGCCAGCCCCAGUGCUGGCAGCAGCACUGUGUCCAAACCUCCCUCCACUGUGACCAGUAAGCCUGCCACUCUCACCACCUCCAGUGCAACCAGUAAGUUGAUCCACCCUGAUGAGGAUAUCUCACUGGAAGAAUUGCGGGCACAGUUGCCCAGGUAUCAACGCAAUAUUCCCCGCCAAGGUCAGGCCACCGUUUCUGCCCCACCAGUGGGUCCCUUGGGGGGCAUGAUGGCCCCUCAGCAGCCUGGUAUGAGGCAUCCUGUGCCUGGCCAGUAUGGUGGUCCACCCCAGGGGAUGCCAGGUUAUAUGCCAGGAGGGAUGCCUCCAUAUGGGCAGGGCCCCCCAAUGGUUCCCCCAGGGUACCAGGGAGCCCCUCCACGGCCACCUAUGGGCAUGCGACCCCCCGUCAUGUCUCCUGGAAGCCGCUACUGAAGCCUGCCCUCCUCUCUUCUAUAGGUUUGGACACUCAACCCUUUUCUAAUGUCCUCAACUGCUAGUAGACAAACAAGUAUUGGUAACAUAGUACCUAGUAGUAGUAUUCUGCUACUGUGCUAUGAGGAAGAGACACUGAAUAAACAGCAAACAAAAGAGAGCUAUAAAAGCAUCACACAACGCAUGGGACAUAAUAUUUACACUGUACUUAACCAAGACUAUGAACUGUUGUUGUAAACCAUCCUUGUUCUGUGGCUUUUUUUCCUUCUCAUGUUUCAUUUAGGUGUGUAGAAGUGUAGUAGAUAUGGUUCGUAGUGUUGUGAAGGCGCUGGAUUUACAUGAGCAGUACCCACCUUUUAUCAAGGCAAGUUUUCGUAAAUACAUUAUCGUUCUAAGAAAAGCAGUGAGGCCUUCACAGCACCUAGGUGCUGUUGGACUUUGUGUCCCCAACUUUGUUUGGUGAGGGCUUCAGAUUUAGAACUGUUUAUUUAUUCAUUGUUUUCUGUUAUACACCUUGAAAUUUAUUUAGGAUAUGCUGUCCUAACCUUGACUACAUGAAAUACAAUUGAUUACUAAAUGAACUGGUUUAUGUAAUGUUGUAAAACUGUAUUGUAAUAAAAUGUGCCGAAACUUUAAGACUCCUCUUUACGGGAAGUUAGCAGGAAGAGAGACACGUUACAGCAGGUUUGUACUCCAGUCAUGUACAUGGCUACAUAAACCCAGUGGCUGGGCAUCUUGUUGUCUUGUGGGUUAAAGGGGAAAACCAAACUCGGCAGCAAGUUGUUUUUGUGUUUUGACUGUAAAAAUGUUGGUAAAUGCAUAAUUUUUUCUUUGCAUUUGAUUAAAAGCAGUAUGAUAAAUAUAUUCAUUGAUUGCUUUAUUGAUGCUCUGUACCUGGCACUAGUCUACUGGCCUUUGACACAUGAAGUGCAUUGUAUAGAUGCAGAACUUACCGGGUACUAGUGGCUGUAGUGCUAAAACCCAGAUUUCUCUUCUCCCUGUAGCAAUGCCAUGGGGGACUGGCUGAGGCCCUGUCUCAGUGUAGCCCUGUUUCAGCCUGAGGCAAGUCUCACCAUUUUCUGUCUUUUCAUUCAUUACCAGGGGCCCUCACAGCUUAAACGCUGUUGGAUCUCAAUGUCCCCAAACUUGCAGCAAGUUUGGUGAAGGCCCUUGUUUGUGUUGUUCCGUUUAGGUACCAUUUUCUUCUGGCAUGUUAGCUCAUGUAAAAUCUAUUAAUUUUUGUAAAGUUCCUAUGUGCCAUUAAAUCUGCUUUCUCCAUUCUUGAUUGAAAAAGCACCAAGAAAUUCUGUUUUCAUUCAUAGAUUUGAAUCAAAAGUUACAGGAGUCUACUCCUACAGUCUGUUCAGUUUACAACUUUAAACAUUGUUGAUUCAACGUUAAAUAAUUGUUGGAUUCCUACAUGAAGCACACCAUCAGUAGCUUGUCACCUAUAGCCAGAAAUACAUUCAAUGUGUGUUGGCAGGUUUGUGUUGUAAAAUGAGCCUUCAUACCCUUGUAAAAUGGCUUUACCACUUAAUCCUGUUUGUUUCAUCAGCUUUCCUCACUUGAUCAUUUGAAUUUAACUACUUACAUGAAGGAGAAUCCCUACCAGUAACAGGUUAGUUAAAGCUGUAAGUACCACUGCUAGAAUUUCCCAAGACAUCUGUUUUGUGUGCACACAUCAUGUGAGAUAUUAACCUCAGUCACUUAAAGGGUGGUUUAUAGUCUUUUGGAGAACGUAAAUCCUCUAUCCUACCAGUGUUAAGCAUUUUGCGCUCAUAGUAAUCAAAUCAUUCAUUGCCUUAUGAGUCUUACAAGCAGAGUCUCCAUUGGUAAGUAUGGGCUUAGUGCAACUUCAAGCCAGUCAGAUUUCAUAAGUUUCUUCGCAGUCUCUCCUCUGAAUGAGACAAACCAGUAAUGUAACAUUUCCUAGAUGUUGCACGAGGACAUACCUGGCGUUAACCUGCUGAAGAGUGCAUUGUGUUGAAAAGGUUUCAAACAUUACCUUCUCUGUUGCUAUUAAUUGUUUCAUAUCUUGUCUGAGGAUACAACUGUAAUGAUAUUUUAGGCAUGCUUGAAAAUGUUGGAAUAGAUACUGGAAAAGAUGAAUGACAGGGAUAUUUUUACAGUUUUAAUUGUCAGGACAGAGCGUUAGCAAGGAUGGCAACUACUGUUUAGCCUUGAGUAUUUGUUUUAGGAUCUGACCUCCAAUGGUAUGCUACAUGAUUUUGUGAUGUAUAUGCCCAGGUCUUCACUGUAUUCUGUGAAUAAACCAGUUCAUAAACGCUG